AUGAGAGGUUCAUCUCUACUCCCUCAGCGUUUCCGCGAGGUCUCCUCCGCCGAUUCUGCUGAGGCCGGAUGGCUGAAUCGACAUGUAACGAAAGGGCUUCAGACGGCUGCUCGUCGAGCAUGCGUUCAUCCUAUCUAUACAAUUGUCGUCAUUGCUCUCUUCGCGAGUACAACAUACGUGGGCUUGCUUGAUGGCACCUUGUUUGAUCCCGUUAAAGAAGCCACUUAUAGCCCAGGUCAUGUUGACAUAGGGGCUCUUCUUGAGGGUGGAAGGAAUCUGCGGCUUGGGGAAGAGACUUCAUGGAGAUGGCAAGUUGAUGAUGCUUUUCAGCCAGAGAAGAGUAAUACCCGGCAUUUGGCUUUAACAACCUUCAUUUUUCCUGAUUCUUCAACCCGCUCCCCUCAGGCGGCCCCCUUAGCAGAGAAUGUACCUCUUCCUCUUAAUUCUUCAGCCCACUCCGUUCCACAUACACCAAACCUACUUACUCCCAUCUCGCAAGAUUCUUCUCUUGCAUUUGUUGUUCCUUACGAUGAAGUCAACAAUUUCCUCACUGCCGUACGAGAAAUCCCGGAUCCAGCAGGCUAUACAGAUGGAAUAGAACAGAAAAAGUGGAUAAUGAAAGCUGCUCGUAACCCUCUCCCUGGCUCUCGCGCAGCUUUGCGUCUCUGGAUGUCUGAAGCCUGGACGUCGUUCGUUGACUUGUUGAAGCACGCGGAAACCAUUGAUAUUUUUAUAAUGGUACUUGGAUACAUUUCUAUGCAUUUGACAUUUGUCUCUUUGUUCCUGUCCAUGAGAAGCCUGGGAUCGAAAUCCUGGCUUGCCGCCACGGUUCUUAUAUCCAGCGGCUUCGCUUUCCUCUUCGGCUUAUUGGUCACUACGAAACUGGGCGUUCCCAUCAGCAUGGUUCUUCUCUCUGAGGGCUUGCCGUUUCUUGUCGUUACCAUUGGUUUUGAGAAGCCCAUUAUUCUCACUAAAGCAGUUCUUUCGGCGUCGUUGGAAGCUUCCCAUUCGAGACCUGAAAAUCCUAAUAGCCGAACUUCUUCGCCCCGAAAUGCCAGAUCUAUCGAAGACGCGAUCGAGUCUGCUGUCAAGAGCAAAGGAUUUGAAAUCGUUCGGGAUUAUUGCAUUGAAAUUGGUAUCCUAGUGGUCGGUGCUGCUUCAGGAGUUCAAGGAGGCUUGCGACAGUUCUGCUUCCUUGCCGCCUGGAUUCUCUUGUUUGAUUGUCUCCUACUGUUCACAUUCUACACCACCAUCCUUUGCAUCAAACUUGAAAUUAAUCGGAUUAAACGACAUGUGGCUCUCCGAAAAGCCCUUGAGGAAGAUGGAAUUACUCACCGUGUUGCGGAAAACGUUGCCUCAAACAAUGACUGGCCAAGCAUGAGUGGAGGUGCAAAUGAUAGCAAUUCAAAUGGAGGCUCCAGCGGCAUCUUCGGCAAGAAGGUUAGAGCGAGCAGCGUUCCCAAAUUCAAGUUCCUCAUGGUUGGAGGAUUUGUUUUGGUAAACGUUUUGAAUCUAUGUACCAUUCCUUUCCGCAGCCGACAAGAGGGUCAAAUUUUGCCAGCAAUGACGAAGCUCUCCAACGUACUAUCUCCGGUCCCAAUUGAUCCCUUCAAAGUUGCUGAAAACGGGCUUGACUCGAUUUACGUGAGCGCGAAAAGCCAAAAAAUGGAAACCGUCGUAACUGUCAUACCACCAAUUAAGUAUAAGCUUGAUUAUCCGUCCGUUCACUACAGUGAGCGCUAUAGUGGUGUGUUCGAUAUUGAAUACACGGAUGUCGUUGGUGGUAGAGUCAUUGAAGGCCUUUUGAAGAGUCUGGACGAUCCCAUCAUCAGCAAAUGGAUCAUUGCUGCUCUUACUUUGAGUUUGAUCUUGAAUGGUUAUCUGUUCAAUGCGGCGCGAUGGAGUAUAAAGGAGCCAGCAGCUAUUGGUGAGCCGGAAUCACGAAAGAAAGAAGCUAUACGCGAGCCUGUUAUAGUCAAACAGCCGAUUAUCAAAGCGGAUGGUUCGGCCAGAACGCGGGAAGAGUGUGAACAGAUGCUCAAGGAUAAACUGGCUCCUUUGCUAGAUGAUGAAGAGCUUAUCGAUCUCUCUAGCCGCGGCAAGAUUCCGGGAUACGCUCUUGAAAAGACCAUGGAGAGCGAAAGCCUCAGUCGAACCGAUGCGUUCACCCGAGCCGUCAAAAUUCGGAGAGCGGUUGUGGCCAGAAACCCUGCAACUUCGGCGAUUACUGGCUCUUUGGAAUAUUCCAAAGUUCCCUAUAAACACUACAAUUACUCACUUGUUCAUGGUGCUUGCUGCGAAAAUGUGAUAGGAUACCUUCCACUACCGCUUGGUGUUGCAGGACCUUUAACGAUUGACGGUCAAAGUUACUUUAUUCCAAUGGCAACUACAGAGGGUGUUCUCGUUGCCAGCACAAGCCGAGGAUGCAAGGCCAUCAAUGCUGGCGGUGGCGCUGUUACAGUACUCACUGGUGAUGGCAUGACCAGAGGCCCCUGUGUAGGAUUCCCCAGUCUUGCUCGCGCUGGCGCCGCAAAGGUCUGGUUAGAUUCAGAAGAGGGACAAACUAUCAUGAAGGACGCUUUCAAUUCGACUAGUCGCUUUGCACGUCUCCAAUCUAUGAAGACUGCCCUUGCUGGAACAUACCUUUAUAUUCGAUUUAAGACAACGACUGGUGAUGCUAUGGGUAUGAACAUGAUAUCUAAAGGCGUUGAGAAAGCUCUCAGUGUCAUGGCGACCGAAGCUGGAUUCGAUGACAUGGCUACUAUUUCUGUCUCCGGUAACUUCUGUACUGAUAAGAAGCCCGCUGCCAUCAACUGGAUCGAUGGCCGUGGCAAGUCUAUUGUUGCUGAAGCCGUUAUUCCAGGAGAUGUUGUUAAGACCGUAUUGAAGAGCAAUGUCGAUGCUCUCGUUGAACUGAAUAUUAGCAAGAACUUGAUCGGUAGUGCUAUGGCAGGAAGCAUUGGCGGUUUCAACGCGCAUGCUUCCAAUAUUGUCACGGCUCUUUUCCUAGCAACUGGUCAAGACCCGGCGCAGAAUGUGGAGAGCAGCAACUGCAUUACGAUCAUGAGAAAUAUUGGCGGCGAUUUGCACAUCAGCGUCUCUAUGCCAUCGAUUGAAGUCGGCACCAUUGGCGGCGGUACCAUCCUAGAAGCACAGUCCGCGAUGCUUGAUCUCCUUGGGGUGCGUGGCGCUCAUCCUACGACCCCUGGUGAAAAUGCUCGAAGCCUUGCGAGGAUCGUUGGUGCUGCUGUGCUUGCUGGAGAACUUAGUCUGUGCAGUGCACUCGCAGCCGGACAUCUGGUCAAAGCGCACAUGGCCCACAAUCGUGCAGCACCACCAUCAACCAGAUCGAUGACUCCUGUCUCUGCUGCCGUGGCUACGACUUCUAAAUAA